GUCCCGGAAUCAUCAGAGCCUUAUAGUUCCAGAAUCACCAGAGCUCUGGUCAUUUUAAUGAAUUCCACUGGACAGACAACACGCUUUGGAUCAAGCUCUUAGCCUAAGAAAUCGACUUUCAAAUCAACUUUUAACCCAACUUGAGUAAGCUAUGAAGUCCAUCUAUGCUUCAAGAUGGACCUCUCUUCCUCUUCCUGUUCUUCAUCUUCCCCUGAGUCCUAUUUAAAACGCCAGAUCCCACUCCACAAAGGCUAUAAGUAUGUGCAAGUUCAUGGCGAAGGUGCAUUUGGAAAAGUGGUCCAAUGUGUAAAAAAAGACACACGGCAGACUGUGGCCAUAAAGAUUGCCAGGUGAAACAGCAAUCUAGACGAAGAGGCACACAUGCUUUCAGAACUCAUGCAUCACAACAUGGACAAGUUUAACAUUGUCAAGUUUCAUGACAAGGUUAAUAUAAAUAAUUCAGUCGGUUUGGUGUUUGAGAUGAUGGACAUCACGCUUCAGGAUUACUUACUGGACUUGAACGGCCCCAUGCCUCUGGAGAACAUCCGAACCGUCAUUCAACAGUUGGCAACAGCAUUCAGUGGACUGAAGAGGAUUGGUGUGAUCCAUACUGAUGUGAAAAUGAACAACAUCAUGAUAGUGGAUCAAAAGAGGCAACCAUUCAAGGUUAAACUCAUCGACUGUGGCUUGUCAAUUUUCAAACAUCAAGCCAAGACGGGCAAGGUUUGCCAAACACCUUUCUACAGGGCUCCAGAAAUUAUGCUGGGACUCCCAUUUUCGGAGGCGAUAGACAUCUGGGCUCUGGGCUGCGUGAUGGCAAUCAUGGUCUUAGGCUUUAUGCUCUUUCCUGGACGAUUUGAAUUUGACGCUCUACGAUACAUCAUCGACCUUAUCGGUCCACCACCUGACCAUCUCCUUGAUGCUGGUGGGAAUUCCAAGUUGUUUUUUAAGAAAACAGAUUCCAAUCAGUGGAAGCUGAAGACACCUGAGGAGAACUGGGAAUCAGCACAUUGCUCCACGGAUGAAAAGUUCUACAAGUUCCGUUCUCUGGAUGAAGUUAAGAAGAUGCGUCUGGAGGAAAAUAACGAGACGGAAGCUGAGGACAGGGAACAGUGCAUUGAGCUGCUGAAGGCAAUGCUGACUUGGGAUGAGAAAGAGAGGAUCACCCCUGAUGAGAUUCUUAACCAUCCCUUCAUUACCAAGAGCUACCUCAGGAGCAGCUUCCGCCCCAGAUUCUAUCUGCAACCCAGAUCAGGACACCAAAGGCCAUCAAGGAAACCCAGGAUGGAUGCAACGACGAGAACAGAACAAGUGACCAAGUGUCAUUUGCAGACCCUGAGAACAGAAUUCCCCUGUAUAAACCAUAUGGACUGGACAGUGACAUUUGGUAAGAUUAUUAUCUCUGAACAUGACAGAAGACAACAAUUGAGCCAUCAUGUAAGCAGAUUUUUUGUAGAUGAUGAAGCAGGACGAAUACACUAACUCUGUGUGCAUUUAAAUGUGUAGUCCCCACAGUGACACAGCCUACAGG